AUGUCUUCUCGUCUACCGACUGUCACGGCGCAGGCUGCCGCCAUUUCAGCACUCUCCAACGCUCUCGCCCAGGGACUGACUGCCUAUCGAGAACAAGCCCUUUCUUCUAUCGAUCCCGUUGCCUUCUUCCAUUUCAUUAUUCUCGCCGUCAUAACCACUCCCCCCAAUUACCAAUGGCAAUUGGUGUUGGAAGAGACCUUCCCGAGUAAUGCCAAGAAAGAUACUCAGGCUGUCAAGAAGAAGGACGACGAUGUGGCGGUCAAUGACAAGGAUGAUGAGAAGGAGACUUUGUCUCUUGCGAACACGAUCGCAAAACUCUUGCUCGAUCAAAGCAUUGGCGCAUCGCUGAAUACCAUCUUCUUCAUCGUCAUGAUCAAUCUUUUGAGGGGUGCUACUUGGAGUCAGGCUUUGACAGCUGUGCAAAGAGAUUUCUUUCCCAUGCUCAUCGCUGGAUAUAAGUUUUGGCCAUUCGUCACAUUGCUCAAUCUCGUCAUCGUUCCAUUCGAAUACCGAAUGCUCGUUGGGAGCUUGGCUGGCUUAAUUUGGGGUGUCAUUGUUAGUUUGAUGGAGUUUUGA